GCGAGUGCAUGCGCCCCGCGCUUCUUACCUUUAGCACUUUUACUCGAAUCAAAUUCGCUGUUCGCGGACACGGAAACUGUCACUUUCGUUCUACAUCCAUAAUCCCGUUUCAACUAUGAUAACACUGUGAAUUAAAACUUGUGUAAUAUUGUGCUUGUUUGAUCUCAGAACCCUCGCAAGCUUUCAAGAUGCCCCAAUGGGCAAGUGCUGAGGGUGGCGGCUCACAGGCGGAAUCGCCGGAUCAGAUGGUGUUGUAUUACGAGGAUGAAGCUUCCGAGUAUUAUGACAACAAACCGGAUAUUGCCGAUAAAAUAGAACAGGCUGGAGAUUUUUAUGACAGCGGCAGUGGGAGUGACGAACAGAUUGCGAGGCGUGUUUGUCGGCCGCGGCGAGCAGUUGCCGGUUCGUCAUCAUCAGCAGCAAGCGCUAGCGGUUCUUCGGGUCCUGUACGGCGCCGUCGCUGCGGCGUGUCCGCUAGAGAACGUAACCUUCGUAGGCUCGAAAGCAAUGAACGUGAACGGAUGCGUAUGCAUUCAUUGAAUCGUGCUUUCGAGGAUUUGCGACGAGUCAUACCUCAUGUUAAGAAAGAUAAUAGAAGUUUAUCCAAGAUUGAGACAUUAACUCUUGCCAAAAAUUAUGUGAAGGCCCUCACAAAUGCCAUAUGUACAAUGAGAGGAGAAGGCCCUAGAUAUCAAUUCAAUAGUGACGAUGAGAACGUCGAACCCGUAUUCGUAUUAAAUAGGGACCAGGAACAAAAUAAUAACGAGGCGACGGAUCAGGACAGAGAGGAGAGUCCGCCGGGCGUCCGCGACUGCCUCUGA